AUGAUGGAGCUGAAGGAAUAUGAGGGAACAUAUCGUAUGGACAACGGAGAACGCGAGGAAGAAGAAUACUUAUUUUUUACGUUGUUUGUUCAGAAGCAACGCUUUCAAGGUGCUUUGGAGUUUGGGUUAACUUCCAUAGACAUGGAGUUGGUGAUGGAUUCACUGACAAUUCACAGUAACGGAGAGGAGCUGGAUGACGCUUAUGGUGCUCUUUCAGCAGUAACGAGUAUGAAUAACUUAUCCGAGAAGUGUAUUGAAAAGAGUAACCUUCUUUGUCAACGCAAGAGAGAUACUCGAUAUCGUGGACCAAUGCUGAGCGAGUUGGAUGAUGACUUCUCUGACGAAGUAUUGGAUUAUCUUGAUGAGCGUGGUGUGAACAACGGAUUUGCUGAGUAUAUAAUGGUUCAGGCACACUUUUUUGAACAGGAGGAGUACAUUAAUUGA